AUGCAAGGCCGUAUUUUCGUGUUCCUGUUCCUUUCAAUAGCCUUCACCGAAGGGUUUUUGUUCAGCUCAAAACCAAAAUGUCAAAUUAAGACAUAUAAGGCCGGCAAAUAUAUUACUGGCGAUAAAUUAUUAGUUCAUGAAGAUUUUAUUGAUCGUGUUAAACCGUUAGAAACUGUUGCAAAAGAUUGCAAAGUAAUUUUAUAUAUUAAAGGAUCUUAUUACCAAUUGCCAGAUCCAGCAAAACAAGUCUUAGUUUCUGAAGCUGAUAUUGCCAUUGGUCAUGGCUUUCAAUUUGAAUUGCGAGAUGAAAAAAAUGCACUUUUAUGCAAUAAAAUAUGUCUUUCAAAUAAUCCAAUGAGUAUACCCGCAGCGCAAUGUUUCUUGCAAGGUGCAAUUAAUCGUGGUCUUACAUGGUCACGAAAUAAUGCAAAUGUUUUGAGUGAUGGUACUUACGCUGCAAAUACAGCGGGAUACCAAGCCUUGAAAAUUGACAUUCAAACAAGAUGUAAAGAUGAAAAAUUGAAGCGAGAACUCAUGCGAGCACUCCGUAAAAUGUACCAAGACAACGAUGAAGAAGAACAAGCUGAAACUGAAGUAGAGAAAAAGAAAUAG